AAUAUAUUUUACCCCUCUCUUUCUCUCUCCUUUCCAUUUUCACCUCUUAAAGACUUGUCGGACCAGGCCGUUCCCUCUGCCUCAGAUCGUUGAAAUCGAGAAGAAAUCCAUAGAUCCAUAUUCUAUAUAAUCAGUUUGAACAGAUUUUUUGUAGCUGAGAAAUAGGGGAGUAAAGAUGGUAAAGAUGACAAUGAUUGCUCGUGUUACUGACGGUCUUCCUCUGGCUGAGGGACUAGAUGAUGGUCGUGAUCUAGCAGAUGCUGAAAUGUACAAACAGCAAGUUAAGGCUUUAUUUAAGAAUCUGUCUAAAGGCCAUAAUGAGGCUUCAAGGAUGUCUAUUGAAACCGGCCCCUAUGUAUUCCACUAUAUCAUUGAAGGACGUGUUUGUUACUUGACAAUGUGUGAUCGUGCUUAUCCUAAGAAACUCGCCUUUCAAUAUCUGGAGGACCUAAAGAAUGAAUUUGAGCGUGUCAAUGGAGCUCAAAUUGAAACAGCUGCCAGACCUUAUGCCUUCAUUAAAUUUGAUACCUUCAUACAGAAGACGAAGAAAUUGUACCUGGACACACGUACUCAACGUAAUAUUGCAAAGUUGAAUGAUGAACUCUAUGAAGUUCACCAAAUAAUGACUCGUAAUGUACAAGAAGUCCUUGGUGUUGGUGAAAAGUUGGACCAGGUCAGCCAAAUGUCCAGUCGUUUGACAUCAGAAUCCCGUAUAUAUGCUGACAAGGCAAGAGAUUUAAAUAGGCAGGCAUUGAUCCGUAAGUGGGCUCCUGUUGCCAUUGUGUUGGGAGUUGUCUUCCUCCUCUUCUGGGGGAAAACAAAGUUAUGGUGAUUCAAGUAUGCUCCAUUGUGUUAAGAACUCAUAAGAAUUCCUUGGGCUUCCCUGUUUCUUUGACCAGCUUCUUGCCACACCCAGAGACCAAACAUUGGAGUGAAUUCUGGUUCUUCAUCACACAAUUUUCUGCGAAGACGUAGGUACAAAUUUGUAAUGUGGCAUUGUGAAAGAGAGACCAUUGCUGUAGAGCAUAUGUUCAAAACAAAACUAUUCUUUCUAUAUGUGAGAGCCAGAAUACAGCAUCCAAAUAGAUUAACUUAUUCUAGUGUUU